UAAUGAAUCUCUACGCUUCUCUCUCUGCAAUUACUCCUUGAGAGCCUCUCUCUCUAAAGUAUUGAGUAUUGCUGACUUGAGCGUUGGAGUGUUUUCCCCGAGGAAAUAUCCUCGGGAUUUUCAGGUGUAGAAGCAGCUGAAGACUUAAACAGUGUUGGAUUGUGAAGCUGCCCAAACAUUUGGCGCCGUCUGUGGGAACCCGAACAAGAAGUCAUGUGGCUUAACUUGCUGAAAGAUAAUAUGGUUCAUACCUUUACAGGAGGCCGCCCUCCAAGAAAUGAAAUGGACGAACAGGAGGACACUCAUGUAUCUGAGCCCGGCUUGAAUGAUUUUAGGCCAAUGCCAAGAAAUCUUUUUGUAGGGGGAGCCGAACAGGAUCACCUAAGUGAGACAGAUGAUGAAAGAACACCAACUGGGUAUGCAACCCAGCCUGAACAGUUCCAAGUUCCAACAGGAACAAGACAAAGACCUGUUAGACCGUACAAUUCACGGCGUGAACGACCUGAAAGGUCAACAGAACCUGCUCGGACAACCGAGCUCGAAGAGAGAACCAGAGUUCUCGAAAUGGCAAUGGGCCGGCCGAGAAAGAAAGAUCCGCCGCCUAAGGGUGGUUCUGCAACAAAAACAAGAGAUCUGAAAGAUGAUAAUGGGGAGCAAAAUAGCAUCUCAGUUGAGGAAACCAACAAAGAGCAAACAGAGGUCGUGAAGCUUGCUGCUCGCAAUCCUCACCAGAUGGGUCUUGAAAUUGAGAAAUCGGGGCGUUUGAGCCCAGAUCUAGGGGAGAAAGAAGGGGACGAUGAAGGGAUUUUGCUAGAUCUAGCUGUCUCGAUGCAAUGCCAGAGGAAAAGCAGAUCUGAUGCUUGUUCCAGGGAUGAUAGAGCAGAUAAGGGGAAGAACGAGGCCGACCCCGUGGAAGGGAAAGCAGCGAAGGGAAAGAAGGGAGUGCACUCGGAGACUCAGCCCUCUGUCAUCCAGAUGAAGCAACCUGCGGGGGAAAAGGAAGCUGGUUCUACAUCCGGUACGGCGAUUUCUCCUAGUGCUCGGUGGAGUGACCUGAUUGAGAAGGAGAAAGGGGAAGUUCAACCAUCCCUAAAGCAGAAGCCACUGCGUAGUUGGGCUUCGGUAGUGGAAGGGAAUAGGGAUAUCAGUAAAGGAUGGGAUUUGCAAUACAUAAAACCUCAAGAUCCAACUGGUGCUGUGGUUAUUACCGAGGAUGAGUGGGUUAAAGGGUCAAAGAUUUGGGAGAAUGCUCUUGUUGGGUAUGUUCUGGGAUCUAAACCUGAGUUUAAGGAUAUUGCUAAUUUCGUGAAUAACAGGUGGAGGGAAUUCCAGGUGCCUAAGGCAUUUAUGCUGCGAAAUGGAGUUUUCUUGUUUGAUUUUGGUAAUGGAAACGCAAAGCAGGCGGUGCUAGAGAGGUGCUGGACAUUUAAUGGGCACCCUUUGAUUUUGAAACAGUGGACUCCAGAUUUUGAUCCUGACAAUUUGGAUAUCAGUAAGAUUCCUGUUUGGAUCCAAUUUCCUGAACUCCAUUUGAGUCUUUGGAACCUUGAGAGCUUAGGAAAGCUAGCAAGCUAUGUGGGAGUUCCUAUUGCAACUGAUGCAUUAACAGCCAAAAGGCAAAGAGUGGCUUAUGCUCGUAUGCUAAUAGUUGGCAAGAAGUCUAUUGAGGGGAAUGAUGAAGUAUGUGGUGGUGAAGUGCAAACUGCUACAAAUGUGAAGCAGAGUACACUUUCACGUUCUUCUGGAGAGCUGAUAGGGGAAAGAAAUGAGCAAAGUCCAGUGCAACUGGAAGUGGGAGCUGUGAAGUCAAUGAAUCUGCAGAGUGAGAUUAGUACUGGCACAGGAGAUAAAGAGAUGAUGCAAAAGGCAGCAGGGGGAGAAUCUUCUAUAAUUGGGGAUGUUAAAUUUUUGUGCACAAUAGUCUAUGCUUUUAAUACUUUUGAUGGUCGACUAGCAUUAUGGGAUCAAGUUAGAGCUCUAGACGUUGAAAAUGUGCCAUGGAUAAUUUCUGGAGACUUUAAUACAACUCUAAAUUAUGGUGAAAGGGUGAAGCCUAGUGGAGUUGUUUGGGGAGAUACCUCUGAGCUCAAGGAUUUUGUCAGUAGAAUGGAGGUUUUUGAUUUGCAAUUUUCAGGUGCUUUCUUCACUUGGAGUAAUAAGCAAGGGGAAAAUGACAGGCUGUGGUGUAAGCUGGACAGGGGCUGCCCUAUGUUUGUUGUAGUGCAGAAAUUGAAAUUGGUAAAACAGAAGAUGAAGCAGCUACAUAAAAAUAGAUAUGGAAACUUGGAGGGAAGAAUAAAAGAUAUGGCAGCAGAGCUACAAAAUGUUCAAGCUUCCAUGCAGAAUGCUUUAUUUGAUGAGACUCUGGCUGCAAAGGAAAAGGAACUUCAACGUGAAUUAACUAAGCUUGAGAGAGCAAACCUGUCCGUAAUUGCCCAGCGAGCUAAAGUAAUUUGGCUAAAGGAGAUGGACUCUAAUUCUGCUUAUUUUCAUGCUAAAGUAAAGGAGAGGCAGCAUAGAAGUGUUAUUAACUCCAGCCUGAACAGUGAAGGAGUUAGAGUGACCCAGCCUGAACUUAUAGAACAAGAGUUUUUAAUGUUUUAUCAAAACUUGUUUGGAAAGGCAAAAGAAGGUGUUCAAGCAGUUGAUAUGAAUGUUAUUCGCAGGGGCAGAGUGUUAACUACUAAAGAGUCAGAAGAGUUAUGCAGGCCAUUUACUGCUAAGGAAGUGGAGAUUGCCCUAUUUUCAACUCCUUCUAACAAAUCACCAGGGCUUGAUGGAUUCACUUCAGGGUUCUAUAGAGCAGCCUGGUCAAUAAUUAAAAAUGAUGUCACGGCCGCUGUGUUGGAUUUCUUUGACAGUGGGAAAAUCCUCAAGCAAAUUAAUGCCACCAAUAUCACUAUUGUUCCAAAGGUGAGUUGCCCAAAUGUUGUCAGUGAUUAUAGGCCAAUAGCUUGUUGUAAUGUCAUCUACAAGAUCUAUAACAACAAAUUUAUUGAUUUGCCAAGAUCUGAUGACAUUAUGCUCUUUUGUAAGGCUGAUGAGGAGUCCAUUGUAUUGAUAAUGCAAAAGUUUGAGGAGUUUGCUCGAGUUUCUGGGUUGGAAGUGAAUAGAAUGAAGAGUGAGCAAAGGUUCUGUGAGUUGAUCUCAAAGGAUGAGAUUGCUGUUUGGGGUCAUGACCUUACAGUUUGUGAGUGGUGGGAUGGUUUAGAUUGGACAAUUCCAGAUAGUUUUGUGAGAAGACAUCCCAUGCUUGUCCAGAUUAUUAGAUGUCAAAAACUAUCUCAACAAGUGGACAAGGUUAUAUGGAAACCUGCAAAGAAUGGUUUGUUUACUAUUUCAAGUUGCUAUGAGUGCCUAAGAGUGAAACGCCCAAAGGUAGAAUGGCAUCAUAUUGUUUGGGCAGGGUGCAUUUUCCCGCGACAUAGAUUCAUCUUUUGGUUGGUAUUGCGGGGUAGACUAAAAACUAAAGAUUUACUAACUAGUAGAGGUAUGAGAAUUGAGAAAGGGUGCUGCUUGUGUGGUAGAUAUGAUGAAACUUGUGAGCACCUGUUUUUUGAUUGUAGUUUUGCUAAAGAAGUGUGGAGGUUAGUCUUGGACUUCUUGAAUAUUCACAGACAACCAAAAAGGUGGAGUGUUGAAUGGCUAUGGUUAAAGAAGGCAUGUAAAGGCCGAUCGACGCAGUCAAACAAGUUGAAGGCUGCCGUAGCUGCCACUAUAUAUAUGAUUUGGCAGGAAAGAAAUAGGAGAGUAACUCUUAGUAAGGAUGCACAACCGGCUGCGGUUGUUACAACUCGAAACUCCCCCGCUCUCAGCAACAUAGUAGUGCCGACCAGGCCAAGGGGAAGCGGGAAGCUAAACCUCGAGCCCAGCUCGUCCAAACAUAGUGAAGAACUGAUGAAAAAGAACGCAGACCUUGAAAGACAGCUGCGAGAUGUACAAAAGUCUAUUGACGAGCUGAAAAGUCCCAGGUCGCACCAACAGACCCUGGAUUUGGAUAGUGCUCCCCUAAAUCUAUCCAUCACAGCAGAACCCUAUAAAGAAGGAUUCAAAAUUCCCCACCUGGAGACAUAUGAUGGCUCAGGCGACCUCGAUGAACAUCUGCACACUUAUCAAGCCAUCAUGAGAAUUCAAAAUGCAAAUGAUGCCAUGAUGUGCAAAGGGUUUCCAGCAACGCUGAAAUCAACAGCCAGGAGAUGGUAUCACAAGCUCCCCAGACAUUCGAUAGACUCUUACUCCCAGCUCGCCAAGCUAUUCUCCAACAAAUUCGUGAGCCAAAGAGAGAUCAAACGCACAGCGACCGAGCUGAUGCAAGUUAAUCAAAAGGAAGGGGAAUCUCUGAGAGACUACAUGCAGCGAUUCAACAAAGCCACUCUGGACAUUGACAAUGUCCCUGACACCAUCUGUCUGUCUGCAUUGCUGCAUGGCUUGAAGCGUGGUCGGUUCCUAGACGACCUGCUAGAGAACCCACCCAGGACUUGGAAUGAAGUGAAUGACAGGAACAGCCACCGAGGAGAGAAGAAAAGAAAAAGCAAAAGGUCAGCGAGCAGUGGGGGAAGCCCGCUGACUUCCCAAAAUAAGAGCAAACAUUGUGACUACCAUCGUGUGUAUGGCCACAAUACAGAAGACUGUCAACACUUGAAGGAUGAGCUGGAGUUUCUGGCUCGCAAUGGAAAGCUAGAAGGAUAUGUUCAGAAGCCCCACGCCCAGCAACCCACUCAAACUCAUUUUGUACAGGGUUACGAUCGACCUCAAGGGCAGAGGUACCAGCUCGGUGGGGCACAGAAUGUAUAUCAGGAUAGCCAGUAUCUUUCUGACCAGGGGAGGGCAUACAGAGGGCGUCCGUUCAACAGGAGAGGACAGGGACAGAGAGCUACUGCUCAGAACCAAAAAGAUAAGAAAGGGGUAGGCUAUGCUGGGAUACCCCCGCCCUCAAGUACAAUAAACAUGAUAUCAGGUGGUGUUCACUCUGGGGGCCAAAGCGUCCGAGCCCGCAAGGCAUAUGCCCGACAGGUGAUGACUGUCAACAAAAAUCGACCCUUGAAGCGGCCGUUUGAGGAAGCAGAAUGGGAGAGUACGCCUAUCACAUUCAGCCCGGCAGAUUACAAGCGAGCAGAAAGAGAGCCUGACAUUAUAAUGCCCCAUGCAGAUCCCUUUGUAGCAACGGUUCAUAUAGGCAAUCAUAAUGUCAAUAAGGUGUUUAUUGACACUGGCAGUUCACCAGAUAUCCUGUAUUGGAGUUGCUUCCAGAAGAUGCAGCUAAAUCCAAGCUCGCUGCAGAAGCACGAAGGGCCAAUAUACGGGUUUGAUAACCAGCCCGUCCCGGUCGAGGGAGUUAUCACUCUUCCUAUAUAUGUGGGCUCAGAACCACGCUUCAGGAUGGCUUCCGUCACCUUCCUGGUCGUUAAGAUGGAAUCAGCUUUCAAUGCUAUAUUAGGAAGAGCCACCCUGUGUGAACUGAAGGCUGUCAUCUCACAACCCCAUCUCUGCAUGAAAUUCCCAACUCCUCAGGGGGUAGGAGUGCUAAAGGGGAAUCAGAAGAUGGCUAGAGCCUGUUAUCAAGACACAUUCAAGAAGGUCGAGCUCGCCGCAGCCCCAGCAUAUGCUGAAGGCCGCAAGCCAACCCAGCUCGGUCAACAGACAAUGAGUAUAUCAGACAUUGAGCAUCGACCUGAAAGCGUCGAGCAGAAGGCAGAGCCAGUAGAGCCAGUGGAAACGCUCAGCACGGACCCCACCAGAAGGCCGGUGGUGCAAAAACGCCACCUUUUUGGCCUCGAGAAGCAAGCUGCCAUAGAUGAAGAGAUACAAAAGCUGUUACAGGCAGGCUUCAUCAGGAGAGUGGAGUACUCUGAAUGGGUGUCCAACCCUGUGCUCGUAAAAAAGCCAAACGGCAAGUGGAGGAUGUGUAUUGAUUUCACCAACAUCAAUGAUGCAUGUCCAAAAGACCCUCAUCCAUUGCCAAAUGUUGAGAAGUUGGUAGAACGGGCAGCUGGGCAUGAACGGAUGAGUUUUCUAGACGCCAGCUCGGGUUACCACCAGGUCCAGUUGUUGCUAGACGACCAGGAAAAAACAGCUUUUUACGCUGGUGACGCAAUAUACUGCUAUGUCAUGAUGCCGUUUGGCCUCAAAAAUGCUGGAGCAACAUACCAGAAGCUGGUGCAAAUCAUCUUUAAGCUCCAGAUCGGCAGAAACAUAGAAGUGUAUGUAGAUGAUAUGAUAGUCACCAGCAUGCGAGCUGAGGAUCACAUUGACGACCUGGAUGAAACUUUUCAAAACUUACGCCGAGCCCAGAUGAAGCUGAAUCCCUUGAAAUGCACGUUUGCUGUGGAAUCAGGGAAAUUCCUAGGGUACGUGGUAUCCAAGAAAGGAAUCGAAAUAAAUCCAGAGAAGGUCGAGGCCGUUCAGCAGAUGGAGCCUCCCAAGACUAUAAAAGAUGUACAGCGUCUGACAGGUCGGGUAGCUGCGUUGCACAGGUUUAUAGCCAGAUCGGCAAAAAGGUGUCUUCCGUUCUUCAAAGCUCUGCGGGAGCCUAAAAACUUUCAGUGGACUGAUGAAUGUCAACAGGCGUUUGACGAACUCAAACAAUAUUUGGCAUCUGCACCCCUGCUGUCCAAGCAUGUCGAUGGGGAAUGUUUAUUUCUUUAUCUGGGGGUCACAGAUGAAGCGAAACCUGAACUCUCUAGUCAGCUUAUUGGAUGGAGCGUCGAGCUGAGUGAAUAUGACCUGAAGUUUCGGCCACGCACAACCAUAAAAGGCCAGGCCAUUGCGGACUUUCUGGUGGAGUGCAUCUCAGCAACUAAGGAAGAAAAAGCACCCGAGCACCCAGUCUGGGUUUUGUAUGUUGACGGAGCUGCUAACAUUGAAGGGUCCGGUGCUGGAGCUGUGUUGAUAGGCCCAGAUGGCUUUAAAUCUGAGCAUGCAUUGCGGUUUAAAUUCCAGACCACUAAUAAUGCUGCCGAGUAUGAAGCCCUCAUUUAUGGUUUGAAGCUGGCGUCCGAGCUGAAGGUACAAAGCAUUCAGGUGUUCAGCGACUCUCAGCUCGUUGUGGGCCAGGUGAAUGGCAGUUGCGACAUCAGGGAUCCUCAGCUCAAUCGUUAUGCCUCUGUGGUCAACAGAUUGAAGUCGAUAUUUGCCCUUUUCCAAAUUGAUAAAAUACCAAGAGCAGAUAACCACCGAGCUGACGAGCUGUCAAAGUUGGCCUCCUCGCAGGACAUUAACCCUCAGAGAUCAACAAUUGUCGAGGUACUCGACGCACCGAGCUACAUUGAUUUCGCAGUCGAGUGUCAACUGCUAAGCACAGAUCCCUCUACACCGAGCUGGACCACCCUGCUCAUAAAUUAUCUACAAAGUGGCGAGCUACCUGAAGACCAGUCCGCUGCAAAAUUGAUUAAACGCAGGGCGGCACAUUUCACUUUGUUAGAUAACCAGCUUUACAAGCGAGUAGCCUCAAUGCCCCUAUUACGCUGCCUUACUCCUUAUGAAGCUGAAUACGCUGUGAGAGAAGUUCACGAGGGAGUAUGUGGCACGCACAUCGGUGGCAGAACUUUAGCUCGGAAACUCUUGAGGCACGGUAUCCGAGCUCGUUCUAAAGUUCAUGCAAACUUGGUGACUGUUUAUGAACUGAGCGUAAGUAUCCUUGUUAAAACAGGAGAAAUGCUCUCAUCACUUACGCCUCCUUGGCCCUUUGCUCAAUGGGGAGUCGACCUGCUCGGCCCUUUCAUGAAAGGCAAAGGAGGAUGCACUUACCUCGUUGUCGCGGUGGAUUAUUUCACCAAGUGGAUAGAAGCUAAACCAUUAUCCAUGACAACAGAGAAGAAAAUAGAAGAAUUCCUGUUUAAUUCAAUAUUAUGCAGGUUCGGCAUACCUAAACGGAUCAUAGCUGAUAAUGGUCCGCAGUUCCGAGCCGCGGCGCUGAGGUCGUUCUGCAAUGAUUAUGGAAUUGAGUUCGCCUUGACAUCUGUGUAUACUCCACAGUCCAAUGGGUUGACAAGCCUCAAUAAAGUGCUGUGGUCAUGUCGCGUGUUUUGGUUGCACAUACUAAUUGGGUUGACGAGCUCAAUAAAGUGCUGUGAUCAUGUCGUACUACGCCCAGCUCGGCCACAGGCGAAACCCCGUUCAGCCUGGCAUACGGAGCUGAGGCCGUCAUCCCCGUCGAGGUCGGAUUGCCAUCCGAUAGAUCAGAUCGUCAUGACGAUCAGAAUAAUGAACAACUCUUAAGAGAGAACCUAGACCUUGUGGAAGAAAUCAGGGAGAUGUCCCGAAUAAGAAACAUGGCACAUCAAAGUCGUGUUGCAAAAUUUUACAAUAAAAGAGUUCGAGCUCG